ACAUUUCAGCCAAACUUGAAAAUGAAAAUAUAAUUUUAUUAACCAAAAUUAGUGAAUUUGAAUUAAAAAAACAGAUUGUAAAUUCUUUAACAAAAGAAAUCAAUGAAACAAGUAAAAAACUCUUAGAAAGUUUAACUAACGAAAUUCACCAGUC